AGAGCCUCUGACUGCUUGUACGGGGCUCGAUUCAGCAGAAGCUCUUACUACUACGGUGCAUCUCCGAACUUCUGCACUGCACACGCACUGCAAUCAGCAGACUCUAGGAUGUAACCAUUUCCAAAUGUUUUUAUUCUGCUUCUGCUCUCUUUUGCGUAUUUUUUGUAUUAUGUUUUUUUAAUCCAUUUAUUGUUUUGCAAGGAAUAACUUACCAAAAACAUGACUGGCACAUACUUUUUUGGCCGUCAGAGCCAAAACGGUCCUGAAUGCAAGACCUAACCGAAACUCUUAACGGAAUUAUAACAUCUGGGCGGCGUUUGAUUCGGUUCUCGUGGUUUCCCGUUCUGGAUUUCGGAUUUAACGUUUUUUUAUCGGGAUGGAAGGACGGGAAUUCGCUCCUCCGCCGCACCUUUUGGCAGAGCGAGGCGCGCUGGUUCACAGAGCCGCCUCGAGGAUCACUCAUGCCGGGCACACGACAGUGCAGCAUCCCGGUCACUUUCAGCCUGGGAAAUAUUACACUUCACAUAUGGCGAUGCCUCCACAUUCAGGAAGUGGACUGAUAGGGAACUCCCCUGCCUCCUUCAUGGGAACAUUUCUGGCCAGCAGUCUGGGAUCUCCUCCCUCCCAUCCCACCGGACCCCCAUCAUCCCCCUCUUCUCCACCCUAUCGCUCUGGACCUCACUCCACUGCCCCGUCACAGAUCUGGUUCUCCCACUCACAUGAAGCCCCAGGGUAUCCCCGCUUUUCAGGGAGUCUAGCCCCCACCUUCCUGUCCAUGAGCCCCCUCGAUCACCAUGGCAACAGCAGCGUACUCUAUGGACAGCACCGUUUCUAUGACACUCAGAAAGAUUUCUAUCUACGAAACCUACCGUCGCAGCCCCAACUUCUCUCCUCCAAUCACAGCCUCCCACCAUUAUCAAGGACCGCUCUCGCCCACCCAUUGGACUCCUGCAGUCGUGAGCGGGAACCUGGGAGCACAGCAUCCCAGAAGAGCUCCAAAGAGACGGGUGUAGCAGAGCGAAGAGUAGCACCCGGAGGCAAAGAAAAAGAAAAGAGUAAACAAGAGUCCAAGCAGGAUCGUCAUCAUCAUGGUCCUCCCACCCUUCACCACCACCACCAGCACCAGCCACAACACCACCCCCAUGGCCUAGAAGAACAUUUUCGGCACAAAGAUGAUCCUAAGACACUUAGUUCCUGCCUGCUCAGCACCAAGACCCAGAAUGGCUCUGAUCCAGGGGCCACAACUAGGGGCUCCCUGCCAAGUUGUGUGGGGCCGGGGGCCUCGGGUCUGGGGACUGGCCGGCAGAGCAGCAGAGAUGGUCAUUGUUGCAAGGAAGGAGUCAGUGGAGAGAUGCGAAUUAGUGAGCAGCCCUCAGACUGUCUUCGCCACAGUGCCAUGUUGGGCCAUGCCCACCCAGUGCCCUACUCCAUGCCUCCUCACCUUAGCCUAGGGUCUGCCGUAGGAGCAUCCUGGCUGCACCCAAGUCAUCCGCACCAUCAUCAUCCUCAUCAUCCCCACCCAGAUCUCUUCUGCCCACCACCCCCUGCUCCACUAACCAUGCCCACUGCUCAGGAAAAGAGCCUUGGCAGGGACUCUGAGUUAACAGGGCCUACGUUUGUGCCCUCUGUGGGGCCACUGAGAGACAAAACCAGUGGACCAUUCCAGCUAGGAAACCCUCACUGUCGAGGUGUGGGAGGUGGGAUGGUCGGGGGUGGUGCAGGGAAAGAAAUGAAAACUCCUGAGAGGAGUAGCAGUGGAAGUCGAGCAACUACCCUACUGCCUCCUCCGAGUAGCUGCCAAAGAAAAUCUUCCCAGCAGCAACACACAUAUGGCAAAGCAGACAAGAGCCCAGACUGGCCCCCGGGCCCACAUUCACGCACAAACGAGGUUCAGCACAGUCAGAAUCAGAAUCCCCACUCGGCUCGUUCAUGUAGUUUGGACAGCACUGAGGAAUCUGAUGCCUUCCGUCCCUCUCUGCCACAGGGGACGAAGGGUGGCCACCAAGCGAAGAGUAGCAUUUAUGCCAGCACUCCACCUUUCCGGGACUGUACCCACUCAGGUCCGUCGAACAGGGCUUCGUCCGAAGGUAAAGGUGCAACAGAGAUUGAGUGUACCCUUCAGAGGAACACUCAGAGAGUUGCACGGAUACGUCAUCAGCAGCACAGUAACAGGGCUAGCACUGGUGGACAGGGUCCAGAGUUGGAGCAUAGCAGCAGCGCACAAGACAAGAGGAAGAUGGACUUGGAGUCCAAGUCACAGGGACACAGUGGGCAUCAGACCGGCAAUCAUCCCUCCUGGGAGGUUCAAGGACACCCGGCUCGGCUGGAUGAAGAACCGCACAAGGCUUACAACUCUCUGGGUGCUGUUUCCCAGACUUCACGUGGGGACCAAGGGCCUCUUCCCCCUCUAACCGCCCCGCAGGAGGCCACACUGGGCCACCAGGGACCUGAAAGUAAUGCCAUGAGUAGUCUAAUGAAGUACAGCAGCCAGCAACCACUGCUGUUCUCUCAGAAGAGCCCAUUUGGUGGCCUGGGCUGCAUCAAGCAGGGGGCAGUAACUGGGGAGAGGAGUGAGAGAAGCGACAAAAGCGGAAGCGGAGCGAGCAGUGCUCUACAGGAGGCGAAUCAGACCCUGCCCCCCAGGAGAUCCUCAUCAUCUGGGGAGAACGCGCGUUUAGAGCGGGCGGGCAAGGACUCAGGGGAAGCUCAGGGGGAGGGAGAGGUGCGACAGCCCCCUGUAGGGAUAGCAGUGGCCGUUGCCAGGCAGAGAGAGCCCCUGUGCCGCCUGCCAGACGGGCAUCCCACCCACAGCCACCAUAGCAGAGUGAUGCCCAGCAUGAAGGGUGUUGGACGCCCAAUGUACCCGCUGGAGCGGGAGAUGGAUGAAGACAGGAAGAGAAUCUGUGAGGAGCAGCUUGGACUGCCUCCAUUCGACAGAGAGCGGGAACUCCUCCUCAGGGAAAACAAAGACAGAGUUGAGUUUGCCAGGAUCCACCCCUCCAGUAGUUGCCAUGGAGAUUUGACCUCACACCUUAUUGUGCCAGGCGGUAGCCAAUUAGGCACCGAGCCAUCUGCUCACGCCCACCCCGCCCAUCAUCACUGGAUGCCUCGGACAGGAAGUCCCUCCCUCUGGAUGGGUCACUCUUAUGGUCUCAGUCAUGCAGCAUUGCACCAGAACUUGACCCCAGGCUUCUCUGCAACCAUGCCCAGCCCCUUGCAGCCAGUCUUGCCCCUGCCUCAGGACCCCUCCACCGCCCUAGUGGUAUUGCCUACCGAGCCAGCAGCCCACCCUGCCACUCAUCACCUUGAUGUAAUGGAGCAGCAGGGACUGUGGCCCCCUGUUUACGGAGCCCGAGGGCCCGCCUCACACAUGCAGCAUCCCGCAGUCUAUUCCCGCACCCAGUUUCUACGGCAACAGGAACUCUAUGCGCUGCAGCAACAUCAGCACCAGCAGCACCGAGCGGCACAGGCAAUGGAGUUGGUGCACAGACACAGUCACUCACAGAGGAAACCUGAGGAUCCCCCCAUCGAUCUGGUUGAGGGAUCGUCUGAGCUCCGCACGCCUAAGCACACGAAGCCUUUCUCCGGUGGACCCUCCGCUAAACCUCCCCCCUCCUCCUCGUCCCCAGGGGGCUGUGCCUCUCGUCUUUCGCCCUGUUGUCGCUCUCCCGCCCCGCGGUCCCAUCUCAAGAGUACGCCCUGCACGCCCUGCCCUGAGCCCAGCCCGGCCGUGGCUGCCCCUUGUUCCCCUUCACUCAGCCCCCACACCACCCCCCACCACCUACCAAAACCCGCAGAGUCCCAGGACAAGAGGGGUGAGGGCCAGCCGCCACAGGACUACCCUCAGUCUCUGGAGCCUGAUCUCCCUCCUGGCUACACUUACCCCGCCAUCGCCAUGGGCUACAAGGGUGGCCCCUCCCCUCAAGAAGUCCAAUUGGCUGAGCAUGCCGACUUAGAGGCGGAGCAAGCGGAACCUGCAGAACCUGCACCUCAGCCCCACCCCCUUUCUCCGAAAGAGGAGGAGCCUGUUUGCCACACUGGCGUUGGCUCUCCUACUAGAAUGUCCCAGGAAGUAGAGGAUGUAGCAGAGGAGGGUGAAGUGACAGACAGACAGGUGGAUGAAGGACAGGUGGAUGCCGCUCUCUCACAAACUUCCCUUUGCCCCGUUACUGACUCUACAGUAGCGGAUUCCCAUUCGGACCGGACAACCAUGAUCCCCAAUAGCCAGCCUAGUGAAAUGGAGAGUCCAGCGCCAGCUGAAGACAACAAGAAGCAAGAUGAGGAUCUACAAGACCCUUUCCAGAUUUCCGUGACCACCACCCAGGAUUUAAAGUCUGUGGAACCUACCGAGCACGACCCAGAGAGGGUUGCUGAGGAUGAGUGCGCGUCACCCACACCAGCUUUCUCCCCCUGUCCUGAGCCCUCUGCACUGGGGAAUCAGUACCCCGGGAGCUGCAUUUGGAGCCUGGAACUGCUCAUCGCAGCAGCACUGUGUGCCACGCGAGAUGCCCAAAUGACGGCCCCUGUACCUGUGUCUGGGAAUGCAGUGGCGCCUAAUUAUGGCAUAGAGUUACUGAGUGAACUGGCAGACCUGGAACGAUCCCAACAGCAGAGCAACAACAUGGGAGAGAAUGGAGAAGAAGACAUGUUGACCUUUGACCUUCAGAGUUUGGCAACCCUAGCUGCCGCCCGGGCGUUGGAGCUGGCCCCGCCCCUUCCAGUAGACUCAACCCCACCCCUCCGCAAAAUUCUCAAUCUGCGCAGGAAGUGCAGGUGGACGCCACGGCCUGAACCGGUGUGUCCUGUUAAGGGUACCAUGGAAACGCUCGACCGGGAGGAGCUAGCGAUGCGUGUGCGGCUGGCAGAACUGCAGCGGCGCUACAAGGAAAAACAGAGAGAGCUUGCCAAGCUUCAGAGAAAACAUGACCACCAGAAAGAAGAGACCUCACGCAGUCCAGCUCGUCGAGGACCCGGAAGGCCACGCAAGCGCAAGUCCACACCCCCUAUCCCCACAGAUGCCCCUAAAAAAGUCAAGUCGGCUGGAGCGGGGGCGGGGCCGGGUCUGCUUACAGUGGAGGACUUGACUGGAGGCGGAGACAGGAAGAGGAAGAAGAGGAGGAUGACCAGUAGCCCUUACCACCAUCUCUCUAGCACACAGAUGAAGGCUCACUGUAGGCCAAGAGGCAGGCCAAGACUGCUGAGCACUAAGUUUAAGCAGAAAGCUUGCUCACAGCUGAAGCAGAAAGCCAAAGUUAAGCGUGGAUCGAGACUGGUGAACCUGUUGUGUCACAGAGAGGCCAAAAUGCAGAGUACUCUUACGGAACAUCUGUCCCGAGAUUGUAACAAAACUGGAGAGAACAGUGACACAGCAGGCAGCAGGACAGCAGUCCACCAGGGAUCCGAUGGGAAGCGGACUAUGAGAAGAGGUGUGAAGUCAAAGGCCAUCCUGAGCUCCUCACCCCUGCCAACCCGAACUCAGCAGCUGAUGUGCGAUACGGCUGUGACCGAUAGCAAGCAAGAAGCUACAGAGAAGGGCAUCGCUCCCUCCGACAGCAACUCAGAGGAGGAAGAUGACGGCAUCUACAACAGCGAGGAAGGGGCAGAGGGCUUCAAGAAUCUAUCAUCUAAAGAGCAACUGUCUGGAGUCGGCCGUCCUUUACAAUGCUCCAUCAUGAAGCUUGAGGCCAAUCAGAAAGCCAAGAACAAAACAGAAAGACAGGGAUACGGGUCUUUGAAUGUGUCCAUCGCUAAAGAAGAGGUGAAGAGAAGGAAGGCCCCCUGUAGGCAAGCCCUGGUCAGUGCUGACCAUAACCACUCAGAACUGGAGGAGGAAAGGAGAUUGACUGGCUCUAAGUGGAGAGAGGGGUCAAGGGAGAACACCUUUGACCACACUAGCCUUCUCAAGACCUUGCCUACUCCACGAGAAAUCACCACCAGGAAGAGUGCAGUGCUUUUUGGCAAGAGGAAAAGCUGUUGGUUAGAAGCACUGUCGUCUCAGUGUGAUGACAUCACUUGGAGCAGACGAAACAAAAACAAGCAGGCUAAGGGGCGAGCAGUCAGUCGUUUGCUGGAGAGCUUUGCUGCCGAUGAGGGAUUCCGGAUGGAUGACGACAGCAGCUUCUCAGAAGGAGAGGAAGAUGAAGAGGAAGAGGAGGAGGAACCAGAGCCGAUGGGCUGUGCAUUGCCGGCCCUGCCCAACUGCAUUCUCACCAAAGAAAUCCUGAAGGAUGGAUUGAAAGUGUUAAUCUCAAAGGAGGACGAGUUACUGUAUGCUGCCUAUGUACAUACACUGGACCUGCCUGAUAUCUAUAGUGUUGUCGUUGAGGGAGAGCGUGGAAACAGACCGAGGAUCUACUCUCUGGAGCAGCUGCUUCAGGAAGCGGUUUUAGAUGUGCAGCCGGAGACAGUGGAAACUCUGACGGCUGGAACAAGAGUGUGCGCUUACUGGAGUGAACGAUCGCGCUGUUUGUAUCCUGGAUAUGUCCGUAGAGGAGGUCCAGGUGAGGAACAGAAGGAGGGCAGUGUCAUGGUAGAGUUUGACGAUGGAGACCGGGGAUGGAUUUCUCUUUCAAGCAUUCGUCUGCUUCCGCCAGGCUACCAAAUCCACUGUGCAGAGCCAUCACCAGCUCACCUGGUCUCACCUAGGUGCCGCAGGAGGAAGACCUCCACUCAAGAGAAGAUAACUCAGCAGGCUGAUGUGUCCUCAGAGCAUUCUGCUAACACAGAGCCCAGGAAGAAUGUUGUUAAAGCCAAGCCAGGAAGGCCAAAAUCUGUCAAUGCAUCAUCAAAGAGCUGUGUGUCUGUGAAUGUGACUGGAACCGCUUCCCCUCUUCUUGGCUGGCCAGUUGCCACCAUGUCCAGGAGGAAACCCUCCAUGGAUUUGUUCCAGUUUAAUGGGUUAACGAAGAAAGCUCUGCGAGGAAAGGAGUCAGACAUGUUCCCCUUACUUAGCUCCACCAUGACCACUCCAGCCAAAGGCAUCUUCAGCACUUCCUUUGAGGUGGACUCCUUCAGCAGCAUUGCUAAUGGUUGCACUUCCUUUGGAAAUCAGCAGUUGGCAACAGGUCUGCCUCUUAGUCAGAAGGGCGUCUCUGGCUUACGUGGUAGAAAGAUAGGAGACAGGAAGGAAUUUCUCGUCAAACUGGACCAUGAAGGGGUAACGUCCCCCAAGACUAAGAAUGGAAAAGCAUUGUUGCUUCUUGGGAACCCAGAGGUACAAAGAGGUGGGCGACUGGAAAAGGGCUUCGGAGCCAAAGGAAUAGGAGAACUGACCUCAACAAUGGGCUACUCCCAGUCCGUUCUUCUCGUCAAAGAUGCCAAAAGGAACAGUUGCCAUAUUCUCAAAGGUUCAUCAGACAUGCGGAAGCACCCUCAGGGUCUUGGGCUUAGUGAAUAUACAGAUUAUGGGCCAAACUGCCACAGCGACUGCCUAAGCUCCUAUUCAGAUAUGGAUGAAGAUGAAGACGAGGAUGAAGAUGUCAGAAGGGCAGACAUGCGCACCACUGGACGCUUUCUGUCUCGUCUUUCUGUUUCGUCGUCGUCCUCGGGGUCCUCCAGCGCCUCUAGUUCGGGCUCGUCCAGCUCUAGCAUCUGCUCGUCUGACAAUGACUCGUCCUACAGUUCAGAUGAAGAAGAGGCAUCACGGCUUCUGCUUCAGGGUUGUCUUUCUUCUCAUCACACAUUGCUUCAACAACAGCAGCAUCCUGAACCUCCCACCGCCCCACCACGACACACUUUCGGAGCCAAAACUAUAACUAUCCCUAAUUCAAAGGCUGCAGUAAAUAAUAGUACAGGAAAACCUCCAAGGAGAAAGGAUAUUGCCAACAACUCAUCCUCUGUAGUACAGUCCAAAUCUUCCAAAGACUUCCCUAAAAAACAGAAGUUACCAUCUUCAGAGGGUCCACCAAACUCAUCCUCGUUCAUGCCAGGACGGCAGCUGUGGAGGUGGUCUGGGAACCCAACUCAGAGACGGGGUUUGAAAGGAAAAGCCCGAAAGCUCUUCUACAAGGCCAUCGUUCGGGGGAAAGACACCGUCCGAGUUGGAGACUGUGCGGUGUUCCUCUCUGCUGGUCGACCCCACCUCCCCUUUAUUGGUCGCAUUGAGAGUCUGUGGGAAUCCUGGUCCAGCAACAUGGUAGUCAAGGUAAAGUGGUUCUACCACCCUGAGGAGACCAAGCUUGGAAAAAGGCACCGGGAUGGGAAGCAUGCCCUUUACCAAAGUUGCCAUGAGGACGAAAAUGACGUCCAAACCAUCUCCCAUAAGUGCCAGGUGGUAAGCAGAGCUGAAUAUGAGCGCCUGAGCCAUAUCAGGAAACCAAACAGCAACAGUCAAGAUCUGUACUACCUGGCUGGAACUUACGACCCCACCAGUGGCCAGCUGGUGACGGCAGAGGGAGAGUCGAUCAUCUGCUAACGUUUGAAAAUGGCUGAAUGCACUACUGAAAUCGUGAGAUACAAGAAAUGGCUGACAAUCAGGCCAGACAAAACUAGCAUGACGUAAAAAGUGAGUUUAACCCACAGCUAUGGGUUUCUGCAGCCACUUUUAUCUCCACUCUUAGAGAAACAGUAUAUUAUCAAAUGGAUUGUGGGGAGGACCAAUCGUGGUGAUCACUCUAUGAAGGCUCCACAGACAUGGAAUAUUUUUGUAUCUAUUAAUGAAAAAGACACUGGAUUUUUUUCAGAGUAGGAUAUUUAGACUGACAGACGUGGAUUGGAGGUGCAAAACACUGAGUGAAAUUUUGGAUUUGCGGAAGGUUCUUUUGGAAAGCUCUUCACUGGUUAAUCAAGUCAAAUUGAUGUCACCAGGACUUUUAAAUAUCCCAGCAGGACCAAAUACACUGUUUCUUUGAGGUGUGGUAUGAUCUGUUUGUGUUUGCGUGAGAGGAGGUGUGAAUGAGAGGGUAUUUUUUUUGCUUUAUGCAAAUAUGUGAACAACCAUGUGUGUAUGUAGAGAUCAGCCACAAAAAAAACAAAACAGGAAUGGGUGUUAACCUGGAGAUUAGAGGCCUAACUGGUGUUCUAAAUUGAAUGAUACUCUCAUGUGUUGUACAGUCUAAUAACCUCUUUUGACAAUACCAGGGAUUUUUUAUUGUUCUUUUCUCAUUGUUUUGGCGCUAAUGAUUAUGUCAAUAUAUUAAUAAGUCCGUUUAUGAGCAAACAAAAAACACAAGACAAAACAAAAGGAAUGAUUUUUCCAGUCAAGCCAUACACUUCUGUACCUCUUGCUUAUAUUCUCAUUCAGGUGUAUAGUUGUACAAUUGAUUUAUUUGAUGUGUGUAAAUAUAUAAAUAUAUAAAUAUAUAUUAAAAACAACAAAUGUAAAUAUAAUAUAAAUGAAGAGAGAGCUCUAUUCCUCUUUAUUGCUCUUGAUUGUGUUAUUUUUUUAAAUGAAAUAUGUUUGUUUUGGGGACAGGCAUGAUUUAGGCGACCUUAGUUACUGAAUAAUUUCUUCACUGUUGUAUAGGAGGGAACGGAGGGUUGGGAGACAUUCUGCUCAUGGAGCAAAUAGUCGAAACGAUGCAGUCCAGUCAGAGGAAACAGGCUGUCUGUGUACACUUCAUUACUAUCUUUCAUCUUUCUUUUGGAGUUUGAUUUCGUUUCUAUUGCAUUUCAUUGUCUUUGUGUGAUCUAAUUGGUAGCAAAAAGUCAAAAGUGCCAGGUCCAUAUAACAUAUUUGGAGUUUGUUUUUUUGUUUUUUUUUUACUGUCGGGAAAUUCAUUUUAAAUACUGACGGAAUGAAUCUGGCCUCCAAAAUGACAAACCAAAGUAUGUCCUUGGAACUACUAUACUUCCAACUGCAAUAAAUAGCCUAUGGAGACCGAAUCAUAAACAAGGGGCACUUGCAAUGAUUUUGCCUGAUGUACUUUAGAUGACUGACAACUAAUUUUGCAGAUAGCUUUCUGUUUGAAAACAGCUGAAAUGUUCUUACAAUGUUUCAGCAAAGUUGUAGCAAAGUGUUGGCCAAGGAUUUUUAUUGAUGCAAACAAAGCGUGAACAGACGCUUCCAGCACUUGAAGCCUCCUGCUGUCCUAUGUCACGUGAUCAUGAAGGACAAUCAUAACCUGUAAGUGAUGGCAGUUUAAAACAGAUCUAAUCUAAAAUAUUUCCUCUUGUCACUUUUUUCUUCC